AGUGGACAACAUUCAACCUUCCAGCAUUCAGUCAGCUCCUCUUGCACAGAGGACUUACCUUACACCAGUUUAAGGGAGUUUUUGUAUCCGAUUUCACUUCAUGGAGGGCAGGAUCAUCUGUGGACUGUGGCUGCUUGUCUUUAUCUCGGGAUGCGGGCGGCUGUCGGCUUUCAACCUGGACACCGAGAAUGUCCUGCGGAAGAGCGGGGAUCCGGACAGCCUGUUCGGCUUCUCUCUCGCCAUGCACCGGCAGCUUGUGCCGGAGGAUAAGAGAAUGCUGCUGGUUGGUGCCCCGAGAGCAAAGGCCUUGAAUAGACAGAAAGCUAAAGUGACAGGAGGACUCUACAGCUGUGACAUGAGCUCCAACUCCGCUGAUUGCAACAGAGUUAACUUUGACAAUGAUGAGGAUUUAACAAGAGAAAGCAAAGAGAACCAGUGGAUGGGAGUGACAGUAAACAGUCAGGGGCCAGGAGGCAAGAUUGUGACCUGUGCCCAUCGGUACCAGCGCAGAGCCAAUGUGAACACAGGCAUCGAAUCCCGCGACAUUAUCGGCCGUUGCUAUGUGUUGAGUCAGGAUUUGACAAUCAAGCCUGAAUCAAGUGAAGACGGAGGUAGCUGGCAUUUCUGUGAGAGCCGGCACCGAGGCCAUGAGAUGUUCGGCUCCUGCCAGCAGGGCCUCUCAGCCACAUUCGACAAGGACUACCACUACCUCAUCUUUGGGGCUCCUGGAGCAUACAAUUGGAAAGGCGUGGUACGCCUGGAACAAAAGAACGAAACCCUCUUAGAUGAGGGCAUUUAUGACGAUGGUCCUUUUGAAGCAGGAGAUGAAAAUGAGAAGAACCCCGACCUGGUGCCUGCCCCUCCCAACAGUUACCUGGGCUUCUCUCUGGACUCGGGGAAGAGUCUGACCAACAAAGGCCAGCUGACGGUGGUGGCGGGAGCUCCCAGAGCGAACCACAGUGGAGCAGUGGUGCUGCUGAAGAAAGGCUCGGCAACAAGCAACAUCCUACUGGAAGAGUACACCCUGGAAGGGGAGGGACUAGCGUCAUCUUUUGGCUAUGAUCUGGCCGUGCUGGAUCUCAACAAGGACGGAUGGCAGGACAUAGUGGUGGGAGCACCUCAGUACUUUGAGAAGGACAAAGAAAUUGGAGGAGCCGUCUACGUCUAUCUCAACAAAGCUGGAAACUGGAACAAAGUCACACCCAUCAGAAUAGACGGACCUCAGGACUCCAUGUUUGGCCUGUCUGUGGAAAACCUGGGAGACAUCAAUCAGGAUGGUUACCAUGAUUUUGCAGUGGGAGCUCCUUAUGCAGAUGAUGGUGCAGGGAAAGUUUACAUCUACCAUGGAUCAGCCACAGGAUUCAAGUCUGAAAAAGCACAGGAAUUAUCUGGCAAGCCUUCAGGAGUGAGGCUGUUUGGCUACUCUCUUGCAGGCAACAUGGACCUGGAUAAGAACUUCUACCCCGACCUGGCUGUUGGAUCCCUCUCAGACUCCAUCUUUGUCUAUAGAGCUCGUCCUGUUAUCAACAUCAAGAAGGACAUCCAGGUCUCACCGAAGGAAAUUGAUCUCACUAAGAAAAACUGUGGCAACACCGUCUGCUUGGAAGUUAAGGCGUGCUUCUCCUACUCUGCCAACCCCAAGAGUUACGCUCCCAAACUGACGGUGGCUUACACCCUUGAGGUGGAUGCUGACCACAGGAAGCGUAGUCUUAAUCCCAGGGCGACCUUCACCUCGUCCUCCGCCUCGGAUCCCACCUACGAGUCCAAAGGGACCAUCACCUUGAACGGCAAAGGAAAGGAACAGUGUGUCACACGUCAGCUUUCCAUACAGGAAAAUAUUCGAGACAAGCUGCGUGGAAUCCCCAUCGAUGUGUCUGUGGAUAUCCAGGACGCCAAACGUAAACGCAGACAGAGUUCAACUCCUCAGGUGUCACCUGUCCUCGAUGCCAAUGAGCCAAUGACAACUCGUUCAGAGGUGAAUUUCCUGAAGGAAGGUUGUGGCAACGACAAUAUUUGUCAGAGCAACUUGCAGUUGAGUUAUCGCUACGGCCACAGAUCACCUGAUGGUGAAAGCUUCAAUCCAUUAACAUCGGGGAAGGAUGUGCCGGUGAUCUCACUCAGUGACCAGAAGGACAUCACCCUGGAGGUGAACGUGACCAAUCUGAAUGGUGAUGAUGCAUAUGAAGCAUCAGUGGUUGCUUCCUUCCCACGUGCCGUCACAUACUCUGCAUUCCGCAGUCUCUCGCAAGAAGUAUCUUGCAGCGCCAAUAAAAAUGGUUCAAUGGUUGAUUGUGACCUUGGAAACCCCUUCAAACGUGACGCAAAGACAACCUUCUACAUUAUACUGGGUACAGCAGGCAUCUCUCUCAACACUACUGAACUGGAGAUUGAUCUUCAGCUACAAACGACCAGUGAACAGCAGAAAAUGGCCCCUAUCAAAGCAAAGGCAAAGGUGGCCAUUGUGUUGCAGCUGUCUGUAUCAGGACAAGCCCAGCCAUCUCAGGUCUACUUUACAGGAGAGGUCAAAGGUGAGAGUGACAUGAAGACUGAAAGUGACAUUGGCAGUGCCAUUACACACCAGUUCAGAAUAAUCAACCUGUUAAAGCGCUUGACGGACUUUGGCACCGCCACCCUCGACAUCGAGUGGCCAAAGGAGACAUUGGACGGGAAGUGGCUGCUCUACCUGAUGAAGAUCAGCUCCACAGGUGUGGAUCAGGUCGAGUGCACUCCUAAAAAAGAGAUCAACCAUCUCAAUGUGAAAAGUAUCUCCAGGACAAGAAGAUCCACGGAAAACACCCAGGGAAAUGAGGAGGGCUCUAUUUCACGUUUACUUGACAAGAAGACAUCUAAAACUCUGUCAUGUGAGGAUGGGGCCAAAUGUGUGACGAUAAGAUGCCCCCUGCGGGGCCUGGAGAGUAAUGCAGUCUUCACUUUCAACUCUCGCCUCUGGAACAGCACCUUCAUAGAGGAUUUCUCUAAGUUUCAUCAUGUGGAGGUGAUAGUGAAAGCCUCUCUGCACAUUGAUAGCACAACAAAGAACACGGUGCUGGAAAAUGCUGUGACAAAGGUUAGACUGACUGUGUUCCCAGAGAGGCGUGCAGCCCAGUAUGGAGGAGUGCCAUGGUGGAUCAUCGUGUUGUCCAUCCUGCUAGGGCUGCUGUUGCUGGGCCUGCUGGCUUUCCUUCUCUGGAAGUGUGGCUUUUUUAAGCGUGCCAAAUAUGAAGAAAAGGUUCCCAGUUACAAUGCUGUUCGGAUCAAACGGGAGGAGAGAGCUGUAAACCCUGGGAAUGGUAAAUGGGAAAAUCUGGAAAAGAAGCCCUGGAUGACAACCUGGCAUGACAAUGAACAUUAUUCUUAACAACCAACGAAAUCUGACUCCGCACAGAUUCCUGUCGCUUAUUGAUGAACUCCCAGUUUCUCUGAUUUUUGCUGCCCUGUCUCUGCACAGCGCUCAAAGAAAAUCAUUUGUUUAAAAACAUUUGUAAUACUAAAUACUUGAUCGGACAUUCUGCUUCAGGGCCUGAUUUAAUUUUAAAGACUGUAUGAAUCACUGGAAGGAGAGGUGCAGUGUGGGAGAUGGUCCUGCACAACUACUGUCUGUCAGAUCUUUGGAGCUUGUUUUGUACAUGUACUACAUUCACAGUGUUGACUGGGGGA